UUAGGGACGAAGGGUGUAUAGAAAAUGGAUGGAUGGAUGACAUGUUUUCUUUAUUUUGUUAAAAAUAUUGAAUUAUAUGUUAAAUCAAUAACAAACUCUACCUCAGGACAAUUUCCAUAAGUAAAUCUUUGCAUGUCUUUGUCUAAUUAAUUCACCUGGUUAUUCAUGCUGUGUUCUUCUGUAUGUUUGUUUGUUUGUUUCGGGAGGGAAGUCUGGGCCUCCCUUCUGAAGCUGCUACCCCCGCGACCCGACCCCGGAUAAGCGGAAGAAGAUGGAUGGAUGGAUGGAUGGAUGUUUAUUUGUUGUGUACUUGCCAUUGAUUUAAAUAAAGCGAAAAAAAUAAAAUAAAAAAACAAAAACACAAUUCUGAGAAACAUUGCAAAUCAGUAAACUGAUAUUCAUUGUAACCCCUGAUGUACAUAAGACAUUCAUAGAAGAAAAAUCGCAAAAUGUGUAAUGGCAAUGUCUAAAUAUGAAAUUAUGCGGUAUGUGGUCAUUUUUAUGUGUGAAAGCUGUUCAAGUUUUAGUGCAAAUCCAGAACUAUGAAGUUCUUAAGUAUUUGAGGUUUUAAAAUUCUGUUCCUCUUCAUAAUUUCCUACACAAUCUUGGUUUGUGUGAAAUUUUCUUGAAAGGGGUGAUAUUAUGUUAAAACAGCUUUCAUGCUAUAAUAUUGUUCUCUCAUCAAAAACAUACCUACAUUAGUGUCCUUUGCUCUUUCAUGAAAGUUUGAGAAAUCCUUUAAUCUCCCGUGGCAACCAUCCAGCUCUGUGAAACACCUGGGUGGACAUAGCUCCGCCUUCAAGGCAAAAGCUCCUCCUUCAAACUGUAGUUUCUGAGCUUCUGCCUCACAGAGCAGGCUUUCUCCAUAACUCUCUAUUUAGCUCCUUCAGACUAGCCAGCAGCAAUUAGCAAAGACUUGGUGCUGCGCCUCUGUUGAGCUCAUUACAGGAAUAUUUCUCAGUUCAACGCUGGUAAAAAUGUGAUGACUUCCUCAAGAAAGAAGAGGAGUUUUUUUAAAAGACGCAGACCCAAUUUCAAGGCGUUAAAUUACAAAGUCAAAUUUGAUGUAUAGCAUUUUUUUAUAUAAAAACUAGAGUUAAUAGUUACUUGAUUGUGCUAUAAAAAGUCACUCUGGCUGGAAAACACAUGAUACACAUGAUGCUGCCUCUUUAAUGCGCUUUGAAAUGAAAUCCUUGGUUUUGAUAUGAAUCCCUUCAAAAUGUUGCUAACAUCCCUAUUAAUAGCCAUAGCAGUAUUACUCCUUUCUGAAUUGAAUAAUGUUUUUUUUUUCUUCUCUUUUCAACCAUUGUUUUUCCUGGUUCAAUUAGGAUCCUGGACUUCAAGAUCCAUUGUCGGUUGGUCUGAACGAAAACCGUUGUGGGCAGACAGCUAGGCAGCAGCAGGAGAGAAAAGCGGCAGGACGCCCCGGAUACACCUGCGACACGCCAGAGAUCCACGUCAUCAUCAAAGAGGAAGAGGACAGCUGGACUGUGAGUGAAAACUAUGAGAGCCUCGGUUCAGAGGGAGGGAAGAACAGAAAGCCCCCAGGCGUUGGGAAGGAGAGUCGUGCCCCAUAUUGAGUAAAGGCGCAUCAGAGUGAACAUCCAGACCAGCCGAAUGAGCCUGAGCCAAAUGACGGGGAGCAGAGAUGCACGCUCAUGGUCUCUAACGAGAAACUCUGUCGUUCUGAUGGUGAUGAGGGAGAAAAUGUCUGUCGAUGCCAAAAUGCCGGAGAGAAGCCGUUUUGGCGCCUAGCACGGGACGUCUCGCCGAGUCCCAAACCCGACAUGAAAUCCAGCCAGAGAACACCUGAGGAAGAGGAGGGUGGCACGUCUUCAAAUGCAGCAGAACUACAUCGUCCAGAGAAUCCAGCAACAAACCAAACUUAUUCCUCGGACCCAAAGAUGGCCUCGGCAAGCCUGGACGGCCGAACGGUCCACUUAACGCUCAGGCUUCAGACCGGACCGAAGGAGGACGAUCAGGAGCCGGCGGAAGAAAUGGGAGGUUUAAUCAACUCGGACGGAGAGGAGGUGACAUGGCAUGGAAAAAAUGUUUCUGACCAAGAGCCUGAUUGCACAGAGGUUUCCCAGUCUGAGAAGGAAGUCAUCCUGGUGGAUUCUCAAAACUCGAGGGACUGCGGCGGUCCAACUCUCAUCAUGGAAGUUGUAGGAGACGAGGAAGAAAACGAGGAAGAGGAACAGGAAGAGGGAGUCGUGAGGACGACGAAGAUCUCAACUUCACAUCCUGCAAGAACGCGACGGAGACGAGCGAAAAAGGUCAGAGGGCGACCUUUGGCAAACCCCGACAAAGGAGAGCGUGUUCCUUCAAACUCCGCGAGGAGAAGAGUCCGGAGACAGGUUUCUCAAUCUCCGCUGCUGUGUGAGGGAGACUCAGAGACAUGUGAAGGAGUAUCAAGACGUAGCCGAAGGAGAAAUAUCUGCGCCUGUCCCAAACCAGGAGAAAUAAACUCCGACACGACCCUCUGUGUGACUGCAAAGCGACCCUCACAGAAAAAAGAUGCCAAACACUCUGCUGAAGGAGAAAAUGAAAAUGUUUCUACUGGGAAGAGGCGUCCUCGGAGGAAGGCGUCGCGUGUGCCGAUAGAAAUCCCCCCGGAGCUCCUGAAGCAGCCCAGGGAGAAAAUCGAGUACCGCUGCUCCGUUUGCAGCAAACAGUUUCCCCACGCGUACAAACUGGAGCGGCACGAGCUGAUCCACACGGGGGAAAAACCGUACUGCUGCUCCAUCUGUGGGAGGGGCUUCAACCAGAAGGGGAAUCUCAAAACGCACUACAAAGUCCACCUUGGUCGAAAAGACGCUGUGGACUUCGAGAACGAGGUGAAUCCCUCCGCAUCCGAACUCUCAGAAUACCUGAAGUCCCUGCCAGGAGAAUCAAAGAUCCGUUCGUCCCUCCACUGCCUGGAAUGCGGGAAGGACUGCAAAAGCCAGUCGGCUUUGCAGGCGCACCACGUUACGACGCACGGCGAGGCCGCGGCCGAGUCGGAGACGGCCGAGCGCGGCGCAGCGCGGCUCCUCUUCUGCCGCCGCUGCUGCGUUCAGUUCGACGACAAAGACAAACUGGAGACGCACAUGAAGAGCCACGUCAAGGAGAAGCGCUACUCGUGCCCGGACUGCGGCAAGAUGUUCAUCAACGAGAGCUACAUCCAGAUUCACCAGCGCAUCCACACGGGCGAGCGGCCCUUCCUCUGCUCGCUCUGCGGCCGGGGUUUCCACACGGCGUCUUCCCUCAAGCUCCACGAGAUGCAGCACUCCGGGGAGAGGCCGUACGCCUGCUCCAUCUGCGGGAAGACGUUUCAGAUUAACUCCUACCUGAACGCGCACUACCAGACCCACAUCAAAGACAGGCCGUUCGUCUGCAGCGUCUGCGGGAAAGGCUACUCCCGAGCCGAGGAGCUGAAGGUCCACCACAGGCUCCACACCGGGGAAAGACCCUACAAGUGCGGGGAGUGUGAGAAGAGUUUCAUUUACCGCCAGGGACUUCGGCAGCACCAGCGGACGCACGCCGGCAGGCGAAUGGGACCAACCAGGCAGCUUGGCAGACCCAAACAGCAGAACAAGCUGGAAAUCUGACAAUACUUCUGUUCAAUCAUUCCUAUUAGCGGUGUGACAGUAAACUGCUCUUUGCUCUUCUAUCUUCCGUUCCUUUGGAGGUGGUUUCUGAGCUGGGGAACAGUUUGGAGGCUCACUGUGCUUUCUAUGUCGUUUUAAGUUCUGUGCCUACGUCUUAAUGCUUCCUCUUCAGCUCUUCUGUUCCAUUUUAGUGCCUUUUGUAAACUGCAUGCCAAAUAACAAUACAGUACAUGGUUUUUUAAAAAAAUCACUACGUCGAUGUUAUUUUAAACUCCUCGUUGUUGAAAUACAAACUUUUGUUAGAAACACAUCUGUGAUUUUGUUUUCUUCAUAUU